AUUACUCUGGAUACCCAGGUUGCCAGUGCGGGGCAGAAUCUGUCUAUCGGCCAGCGACAAAUUGUCGCGCUCGCGCGCGCCAUUAUCCGCCGGAGUAAAUUGCUGAUUCUCGAUGAUGUGGUGCGACUAAUUUUCCAUUCACUUGCAGACUGCAAUAUGGAGGAAGUGAUCCAGUCUUCCUUGCGGAUCAAACUCGGUAGCGAUGUCACUGUAAUAACUAUUGCAUAUCGUCCGCAAACGAUAAUGGAUUCAGACACGAUCAUUGUGCUCGAUGCAGGUCGUAUUGUUGAGACGGGACCACCAUCUCUGCUUUUUCGGAAAGAUGAGGGCAUGUUCCGUGCUCUGGUAGAUGAAAGUCACAACGCCGCUCUUUGUGAGAUGGUCGGCCGAAGUGGGGACCGACAAUAG